AUGCCACCAUAUACUGAAAUUUCUAAGGACGUGCCUCUGCCCGCGAAGGAGAAGGGAAAUCCAGAUUACCGGCAUCCUCUAUACAUAGGUGAAUGGAAAAAGUCAAUACCAUAUGUUGACGAAGACAUUGCCACCGACGAUCUAGAUGAGCCGCAUCUUAAGCGUAAAGUCUCCAUCCUCAAGAAACAUCCUGAAAUUGAGAAAUUAUACGGAUAUGAUUUGAGGACAACAUUCAUUACUAUCGUAGCUGCAGCUGCCCAAGUGGCGGCAGCGUAUAUGUUUGGACAGGUCUUGACAGACUGGAAUUGGACCAUGCUCAUCUAUUCAUAUGUUGUCGGAGCAUCAUUGACACAACUAUAUGGCGUAAUUAUCCAUGAAGCAACACACUGUCUGGCGGCUCCAACUAGAUUCCAGAAUCGAAUCGUUGGGUUAAUGGCAAAUAUUGGACUUCCAUUCCCAAUUGCAAUGUCAUUCCGUCGAUAUCAUCUAGAACACCAUACGUUUCAGGGCGUAGUUGGAAUGGAUCCUGAUCUUCCGCUUGACUGGGAGCGUAGUCUAAUUCGCGGAAAUGCGUUUCUCAAGUUCUUGUGGUUGAACAUCUAUCCGGCGAUGUAUGUGAUCCGUGGUCUAGUGAUGCAGAAAAAACCCCAGUUUUGGGAAUUGGUUAACUGGGCCUUUACUAUUACCACAGACGCGUUGAUAUGGUAUUUCUGUGGGUUGAGAGGAUUGAUUUAUUUAUUCAUAAGCCUUUGGCUUGGAUAUGGAAUACAUCCUGCUGCUGCUCAUUUCAUACAAGAACAUUAUACUUUUGACGACGGUCAAGAGACAUAUUCGUAUUAUGGAAUAUUAAAUUUUUUCUUCUUGAACGUUGGUUAUCACAACGAACAUCAUGACUUUACAAAGGUUCCAUGGUCAAAACUUCCGGAUGUGCGCAGGAUUGCGCCCGGAUAUUACGAUAAUCUCGCAUAUCACUCUUCAUGGGUAAUGGUACAUUGGAACUUUGUGACAAAGAAACAAUUUGGACCGCAAAGUCGCGUUGGAAGAAGCGUUGAAGAUCAUAAAAAAGGUAGAAAGAUGUUGAGAGAGUUAAGGAAAAGUUAG